AGCAGAUCAAGACAGUACAUCAUAACCAUGCUCAUUCUAUUCUGCAAUUUGACUCAAUUCAUUUCCAUGUUCUCAACAGUCGCAGGAGGCUUCGAACUCAGCGCCCAACUCGGGCGUGCUGUUGGACCAGGACAGGCGAAUUGGAUGGCAGCUGCAUAUUCACUCACGCAGAGUGCAUUCGUCCUCAUCAGCGGCCGACUCGGGGCGAUAUACGGCCACCAGCGACUCGUUCUCCUCGGAGGAACCAUCAUCGUGGUCUGCUCGAUCGGCAAUGCAUUCUGCACGACAUAUGAUUCCUUCGUGGCUGUUCGCGCGCUGACAGGCGUUGGAGGGGGGAUAAUCAUGCCGAAUGCUGUGGCCACGUUGACCAUCAUGGUGCCACCCGGUAAAGGACGCAACUUUACGCUGGCGACGUUUGCUGCCUCGCCUCCGAUCGGGGCGUUGAUUGGGGCGUUGAUGAUUGGUGCUUUUCUGGAGAAUUCCGAGUGGAAGUGGCAUUUUGUUACUAUUGCAUGUAUCGAGACGGUCUUUCUUGUUGGUCUUUUUGCCAUCUUCCCCUCGGAAGAGCCGGUGGAUAAAGAUGGCAAGAUUGACAGUGUCGGCAUUGUCCUUGGCCUGGCAGGACUGUUCCUGUUCAACCUGGCAUGGAACCAAGGCCCUUCCAUCGGCUGGGACACUCCCUACGUGAUCGCCCUCCUCAUCCUCUCCCCAAUCCUCUUCAUCGCCUUCAUCGUCUGGGAAAAGAAACACCCCCACCCCAUCCUCCCCCUCUCCAUCUUCCACACCCCCAGCUUCAAAGCCCUCACCCUCGUCGUCCUCUUCAUCUACAUGUCCGUUGGCAUCACCCUCUGGUACAUGGUCGCCUGGCAACAACUCAUCCGGAACUGGACCGUCCUCCACGUCGCCAUCGGCUGGAUUCCCUACGGCGUUGGUGCGUCUGUUGCCGUGCAGAUUGCUGCGUUUCUCAUUCCUAGACUGGAGGCGCAGUAUAUUCUCGCUAUUGGGUGUCUCACCUCCAUCAUUUCCGCAAUCUUACUCGCAACCAUGCCAGCUACCCAAACCUACUGGGCGCAGAUCUUCCCCUCCACGCUCAUCGGCAGCUUGUGUCCUGAUUUCGUGUACGUCGCGGCGCAGGUCAUCGCGAGCAACAGCGUGUCCAAGCGAGAACAAGGCCAGGCGGGUAGUUUGAUCGGCACGCUGAAUCUGUACGGGAAUAGUCUUGGCCUGGGGUUUGCGGCGACGAUCGAGACGCAAAUGGGGAGUGAGGUGGGCGGGUUUCGGGCGGCGUUGUGGUUUGGGGCUGCGUUGUCGGUUGUGGCGUUGGGGUUGGAUUUGCUGUUUGUUAGGGUGGAGAGGGUGAAGCAGGAGGGGUGGGAGGAGUAGAUGGUAUUACUGUCAGUAUGCAUAAUCUAUAAUGAAAUGAAAAUGAAGAUAUUAGGUGUC